CGGCCCAAUCAGCUGUCGUUUCUCAUCACAACAUUGACACCGACCAUAAUGGAGUGAUGAGUGUUUUGCCAGCUAAAAUCACUCGCAUUUCGCGCAUUUCCCGAGCGUCGCCAGCAACCUCCACCUUGCAGCAGAUUCCUGCAACUUGGUCCAGCGCAAUGGCUCGUCAAUGGCAGCGCUGCUAGGCUCUGGGAAUUAAUUCCAUUCACUGAAGGAACGAGUUGCGACCAAGAUGAGCAAGUACAAGUCACCUGGUACCCUGCAAAAUGCCUGCAUCAGCUUCAUCUGCGAAAACCUGGAAGAAUUGUGUUAUCUAGUCCCGCCAGCCUCGGAGUCGUGCGAAAACUCCACUCACCAUGGUGCAUCUCCGUAUCCAGGACCGAGCAAGUGCUGCGGUUGCUCGAAAGAGUCGACCCACCGGCUUCGGUUCCGGUCAGGACUCCGGCUGCACUCGGACCUGGCCUCGAGGCUCCUGUUUGAGCUGUGCGAAAGCAGAAAGCUGUGCGACACCGCCCUCACGCUGUUUGACACCAACGUGACCCUGCUUAAGAAGAUCCAGCUGAGAAACAUCAAAAACACCUACGUCACAGCCAAGGGGCUUCGAAUGCUCAAGAGCCACAAGCUGACUGAUCUGGAAAUAACUGGCUUGACUCAAGCAACGGUGAACGAUCUGCUGGGCUGCGUCGGCGAGUGGACGCUGCAGAAUUUACGUAGCCUCAACGUCAGCAGGGGCACGUUCCUCGACCACUCCAAGUUCUGUGUGGUCGUGUCUCUGUCCAAGCUGAAGGGGCUGCGCUCGCUUGAUGUGUCGUACACAGAGUUCAACAAACAUGGCCUUGAAGUUGUCACCAAUGACCUUCCAAACCUUGAGUCCCUCGACAUUUCGGCCACCAGGGUUGAUGACAUCACGCCACUUAAGAGAUUAAAAGAUCGCCUGCGGUCGCUGUCCAUGUACAAUCUCCGAAUUUCAAGCUGUGAAAACACAGUGGCCGUGCUUCUUGAGCUGAACAAGCUGUACAAACUGGACAUUUCCGAUGAAAAAGACAACCACCCCUUUGAAAUGUUUUCUCCGACCAAAAUUAACGCUACAGAUUUGCUGAAGCACGCUCCAGGAAUUUGGCCAGAUAUGGUGUAUCUGGACGUUUCGGGCAAGGACGACAUCAAUCAUGAUGACCUACUCAACUUCGUCCUGAUGCACCCUAAAAUCCAAUUUCUCGGUCUGCUGAGAACUGGAGCCUGUUACUCUGAAAUUUUCCUGGACAGUAGGUCUGCGCAUUAUCGUCCAGACAUGAUUGUCACAGGAACCGCGGAUGUCAGGCAGAUUUUAGAAGCUCUAAAUCGCUAUGCGUAUCGUCCAGCUUUUGUGCAAAAGUGCCUGUACAAGCUGUUCCGGAUAACCACUAAUAGCAAGGAUCCCCAGAUCGAAUUUCUUAAGGUCGUGCUGCGAGCCAUGAAAACGCACGGUGAUCAAUUCGGGGUGCAAAUGGCGUCGACUGCCUGCUUGUACAACCUGACCAAGGGGGAAAUAGCCAAAGAGAUACACCCCCAGCUGCUGGAAGUUGUAGUCAACCAGACUCUCGGUGCCAUGGAAACAUUCCCCAAUCACUAUCAGUUGCAAAAGAAUACUCUGUUGACAUUAUGCAGCGACCGAAUCCUGCAAGAUGUGAAGUUCGAUAAGUUCCGGUGCGCCCGCCUGGUGAUGGAGUGUCUCUGUGCUUUUGACGACGCCUCAAUGAACAGAAUGAGCGUCGCCAUUUGCUCCAUCCUUGCUGCCAAAAUUUCCACCAAUGAAACUUCUGAGCUUGGCUCCAAACCGGCUUUCAUGAAGAAACUGCUAAGCCUGGUGCGCUCCAAGGUGGAGACCAAGCAGGUCGACAUCACCAUGAAGUUUACCCUGAGUGCCCUGUGGAAUUUGACAGAUGAAUCUCCAAAGACUUGUGAUGUUUUUUUGAAAGAAGGGGGCCUUAACUUGUUCCUCGAGGUCCUCAGCAUCUUCAGAGGAGAGAGUGCUGUCGAGACUAAGGUGCUCGGACUGAUAAACAAUAUUGCGGAAGUGCCGACUCUCAGGAGAAUGCUUAUGGUCGACGUUUUCCUCAUUCAUCUCAGGGAACUUUUGCACUCGGAACAUUUGGAUGUAAGCUACUUCGCAGCUGGCAUCGUAGCUCACCUAGCGAGCGAUGGUGCUGAAACGUGGAGUGUACCUAACAUCAGCAGGAACGACAUGUUGGAGGAGCUGGGCAGCGUUGUCCUCAAGUGGGAGACUCCAGAGGGCGAAAUGGUUGCCUACCGCUCCUUCCAGCCUUUCUUCUCACUGCUCAAGAGUGACACACCGUUUCAGGUGCAACUCUGGGCAGUUUGGGCCAUUCAGCAUGUUUGCACCAAAAAUGCUAAGCGUUAUUGCCCGAUGCUGAUUGAGGAAGGCGGUGACAAUAGGAUGAGGGUGUUGAUGGACUCUGGCAACACGCACUCUUCGGUCAAGGUUGUGUGUAUGUCCAUUAUGGACGUACUAGCCUCAGAAACUGCCUCUCUCUACUUGAUGGAAGCUGAAAAGAUGAUGGAAGAUGUGCAGUCGGAGAACGUGGAAAUGUGCGAGUGAGACACAAGAAAGGCUAUUUUGUUGAUUUGAGCCGCGGCAAACUUCAAAUUAAUGAUUCUUGUUAACUGUGUAUUAGGCAGCCGUUCUUUUGUCUCUCACAAAAGUCUGUUUUAGAUUUACUACGUAACAGUCGACGCUUAAUUUGUUUUGGUUGCUUGAUUUGGUUUCUGAAUGCGGUCGGGAGCAGGAGCUCUCCCCAAGUGAUGCAAGCAACGUGUCGUCAAGUGGGACUUAAGCAAGCACCUCAUUUUUAUACAUUAAUUAAAUAUUGUAGUUGUUAACCAGUACCUCCUUCAUAAUUUAUUAAACCGUUCUUUGAGUUUGGAAAUGUGAUAUUAUAAUUUGGAGAUAUUGCAGUUGAAAAUUUGUAUUGGUCGCCAACUUUGCUUGGUCACCUUGGUCGAUUAGUAUAUAUGUCCACGGAAAAUUUGCAGGUUUCUAUUGUUUACAAAUUAUGCACUUACGCUAAGAGAUUUCUUUAAUUUGCUCUAUUGUCUGCAAAUGUGUAAGUGUACUUUAUGGACAUUAAAAGCUUAUACUUAAA